AUGUCACAAUUCCAAGGGUUUAAAGUUCAAGUUGAAUUGAAAGAUGGUAAGUUGAUCACAGGAUCUAUUUCAAAAUGCAAUUCAAAAUCGUUAACUUUACAAGAGGUUGUGUUUUCAGAUGGAGGAAUAUCGCAGUUGUUUAAGGUUAAGUCUACGCGGUUAAAGAAUCUGAAGGUGAUUGGAGUCCCGAAGGGAGGCAAGAAGUGGAUAUCUAGCAGCAAUACCGGGAAUAGCAGCAACGGCAGCCACAACAACAACAACAACAACAACGGCAGAAUUGAAAAUGCCAGUAGAGUUCAGAAUAAUGGAGCGAUACACGGAAGUAACGGCAGUACCAGCAAUACCUGUGGUACGACUGAUAUUUCUGAUAAUAAUGGUAGUGUAAGCAGAAGUGCCAAAGUAAGCAGCAGCAACAAUAGUGUCAAGAAAGAUGGUAAUUGGGAACAUGAUGAUGACCUUGAAAAGCUGAAGAGUGAGGAGUUUGAUUUCCAGGGUAACCUGAGGAUGUUCAAUAAAGAAGAUGUGUUUGCGAAAUUGAAGCAACAGGACACUGUCAACCCUAACGAACGGCUGGUGUCUCAUAACAAGCAGAAGAAGACUAAGCUGAACUUUGAAAAUGAUGAAAUGGUGAUCACCAACGCCAAAGAUGACGAUUGGGAAGAAAGACCUGGCGUUUCUGCUACUAAGAAUAGGACAACCACACCUAGUGUUACUGCCGAUGCCGGGAGCAGUGGUCCUAGUACAGAAUAUCUACCAAUAACCAAGUCUAUUAAUAUUACCCAUUUGUUGCAGCAGAGCAACAAAAGCAGUGCGUCUGAAGAAGAAGUACUUUCAAAACUACAAAAAGUGCUAUCGCCUUCAUCCAGAUCACCUUCACUAAGCAAGACACCGGGCUUCCGUACACUGAAGACAAAUAUAUCUGUGCCAUUGGCUAACCCUGUGCAGCUGCUUGAGAUGGAGAGGCUUGCGUCGGACACUUUUGCCUUCCCUCCAGCGUUAUCCAUAGAACACAGUGCCGUCCAUCUCUCCAAGUUCAUUAAGCAGAAGUUAGGGGGCAGGGCCCGUCUGUAUAAUGCCAACAAUAAUGCCCAACCACUAAUGGUAAUACUAGCAAGUGACAACCGCUCCGGCGCCCGCGCCCUUGCUGUCGGUCGCUGUCUCUCCCAGCAUGGCCAUAUCAGAGUUAUAGCGGUGCUCACCACAGAAAUGAUGGCCCAUGGUCCCGUCUCCGACAAUUCAGUACGUUCCCAACUCGAAAUGUUCACCAAAUUCGGUGGGAAAAUCGUGGAUACCGUGUCAGGCCUAAAGUCUAUGUUGGAAAAACUCAACUCCCCCGUGGAAAUUGUCCUUGACGCAAUGCAGGGCUUCGACUGCAACCUCUCAGAUCUGGUCGACACCUACGAAUCAGACGAUGAGUCCUCCGAAUUGGCCCGCAUCAAAAACCUUAUCACCUGGUGCAACGAGCAGACCUGCGCGGUCUGGUCCCUCGACAUCCCCAGUGGCAUUGACGCAGGCUCAGCCAUCCCAAACUUCGACACCUACAUCCGCCCAACCACCAUCAUCAGCACCGCCUGGCCAUUGACCUCCCUCAACCUACUGGACUGUCACGAACUCUAUUUAUGUGACAUCGGCAUCCCGCAGCAGUGCUAUGCGAUGAGAAAUUCCCUGCGCAAAUUCUCCGCAGUAGAAGACAUCUUCGUCACAGAAGGCGUGGUCCAGCUCACCAGAUAG